AUGGCUUCCAUUCUCCGUCGUUCGAGCCUUCUGCUGGCCGAAAUCGCAAGCAAAUCAUCCCCAAAGGUACUUGCAAGUGGAUGCCAGAAGCGUCACCUAAAUGUGCAGGAACACGUAUCAUACUCCUUCCUAAAUGAAGCGGGAAUUCCUACGCCCAAGUUCGGAGUAGCAACGUCCGGAGCGGAAGCUAAAAAAAUUGCCUCCGAUCUUAACACUAAAAAUCUGGUGCUGAAAGCUCAGGUGCUGGCUGGUGGCCGUGGAAAGGGUAGCUUCAAGAAUGGAUUGAAAGGAGGAGUGCGGGUUGUGUUUUCACCUCAGGAAGCGGAAGAUAUUUCUAGCAAAAUGAUAAAUCAGCUGCUCGUCACGAAGCAAACCGGUGCAGCGGGUCGUAUUUGCAACUCCGUUAUGGUGGCCGAACGCAAGUUUCCACGGCGCGAGUUCUAUUUUGCUGUCAUGAUGGAGCGCGCAUUCAACGGUCCCGUUCUGAUUGCAUCGUCCCAAGGAGGUGUUAAUAUUGAAGAAGUAGCGGCCGAAAAUCCAGAUGCCAUUGUAUACGAACCCAUUGACAUAAACAAAGGUCUGCAGAAGGAUCAAGCCAUUCAGGUGGCCAAGAAGGUUGGCCUAAACGAUAAGCUGGAAGAAACAGCUAAAAUGCUACUCAACAUGUACGAUUUGUUUGUCAAGAAGGAUGCCUUGCUGAUUGAAAUUAAUCCCUACGCGGAAGAUGCUGCUGAAACAUAUUUUGCACUCGAUGCCAAAAUGCGAUUCGACGACAAUGCCGAAUUCCGCCAGAAGGAUCUGUUUGCCAAGCGUGAUCUGACGCAGGAAGAUAAGAAAGAGGUUGAAGCAUCCAAGUUUGACCUGAACUACAUUGCUCUCGACGGUUCUAUUGGAUGUCUCGUGAACGGAGCUGGUCUCGCCAUGGCCACGAUGGAUAUUAUCAAGCUACACGGUGGCGAUCCAGCCAACUUCCUCGACGUUGGUGGUGGCGCAAGUGUAAAGGCAGUGAAGGAAGCGUUCAAAAUCAUCACUUCCGACCCGAAAGUGCACGCCAUUCUGGUGAACAUCUUUGGCGGUAUUAUGCGUUGUGAUGUGAUUGCGGAGGGCAUCAUCCAAGCGACCAAGGAGCUCAACAUCAAAAUGCCCAUCAUAGUUCGGCUGCAGGGCACCAACGUAAACGAGGCAAAGGACCUCAUCAAGAAGUCGAAGCUGCGAAUCCUUCCAAAGGAUGAUCUGGAUGAAGCUGCCAUGCUGUCCGUGCAUCUGGCACAAAUUGUACACCUAGCUCGCGAGGCUCAUCUGGACGUGAGCUUCGAAUUACCGGACAGCUACGUUGUCUAA